AUGACGAGAAGAAAGAUUGAAAUAAAAAAAAUACAAAACGAAGAUUACCGAAAAGUGACCUUUUCAAAGCGACGAGCUGGUCUUAUAAAAAAGGCCAAAUUUCUUUGCAGCGGGUCCAAUGCACAGAUUGCUAUAGUCUCCUACUCCUUGUCGGGUAGGCUCUUUACGUUCGGCCACCCUUCUGUGGAUUCGGUCGUCGACCCGUUUCUUGACAACUACACCACCGAUAGCUGCGGCAGCAGCUCUAAUGAAUCUCCCCAUGUUAGCACACAUGGGCCAUCGCCGCCGUCUAGGGGAGUAGUAGAUGGGAAAGAAGGGCGGCCUUCGUGGUGGGCAUUGCCAGUUGAGGAUAUGGAUUUGGAUAUGGAUGGGCUUCGGCAAUACAAGGCUUCUUUAGAAAUUCUCAAAAGCAAUGUGGCUAGUCGAUUAAAAGAGAUGGAGGAGAGAGCAUCUCUCACAAGAGAUUUUGUAGGGUUUCUUGAUGCUCAUUGA